AUGGCGUCACAUAGCACGCGAAGCACGGUGAAGUGUGUGUUUAUUUUUAAUAAUGUACAUUACGCAGUAUUUGUAGUUUAUUAUCGCACUUAACAGAUUCGAGAUUCUUCUCGGUGCUCUUGUUGCCAUCAUAGAAGGUCAUCUGAGCGGCGUUUUGUCUUGUAUUCCCCCAAAACAAUGUACAAGUAAACGUUUUUUUCUUCUUCUUUUCACUUGAUUUGAGUUUUAUAUAUAUGCAAGGAUUUAAUUAUGUCGAUUAGCGUGUGUGGAACGUGACUGUCGUCCAAGUGAAUUGCCCUUGCAUUUUCCACACUGUAGAUUUACUUCCGCAGGUUUUUUUUUUUUUUUUUUUUUAUAAACUCAACCACCAUAUUCGCGUCAUACUCGUCUCAACAAUUCUUCUUGAAUUCGCGCGGAACGUGCUGAAUCAUCGACGCUGUACACCCACUUCUACUUUGCGGGACUACAGCAUCGUUCGUUGAGUCUUCGUCUUCGGUUGAACUCGUCUCGGUGCACGUUGGAGCUUCCCGGCCGAGUUUAGCUUUGUUUAGCUUGCUAACCGCUAAAACAAAAAAAAUAAUUAAAAAAAACAAAAGAGAGGCGUUCGUGUGCGACACAUCGCUCAGUUUAGAUCAAGUGUGAGGGUAAAGUGGUGUGAAUGUCGUGUGAAGACGUGUGCGAGAAGGACAGCAGAGUACGAGGAGGAAUUUUGUGGCUCAAAAGAGGAGAACGAGCCACCACGUCAACCAGUGGACGCUGUUUGCAAGAUGGAGCCUCGAGAAAUCGGUGUAGACGUUCCCCCUGAGCGGCAGGAGCCAGAAUCCUCUUACAUUAAAGAGAAAGAGGAGCUGGGGCGCACUCACUUCAAAGAGGAGGAGGAAGACUUCCUGUGCAUUAAAGAGGAAGAGCAGGAGGAAAUCAUCCAGUUUCCAUCGACUGUUGUCCCUUUGAAGAGUGAAGAUGAAAGUGACGAGAACAGAGGGCUUGAGCCGCCAAGCAGCAGCUCAAGUCAACACAUGGCAACAAAAGGUGAUGAAGACCACUGUGGAGGAUCACCAGCAGACAGCCUCAUAGCGCCACUAUCAGAUAGUGACGACACGUCACAAUCCCCUCACACGGAUGAUGAAGAUGAUGAUGAUGAAGAACAGUCUGAAGGUCAUAAGACAUGUCACACUGACAAAAAAAGCUGGGCCUGUUCUCAAUGCAGGAAAACAUUUGGCUUCAAGUCUCUUCUGGAAAGGCAUAUGAUGAGCCACACUGGAGAGAAACCUUUUUCCUGCUCAGUUUGUGGUCAAAGAUUCUCUCGGAAGGGAACCUUGAAAGUACACGCAAGAAAACACACUGGUGAGAAACCUUUUUCCUGCUCAGUUUGUGGUCAACGAUUCACUCAGAAGGGCACCUUAAAAAUACACAUAAGAAAACACUCUCGUGAGAAACCUUUUGCCUGUGCAGUUUGUGGUCAAAGAUACUCUGAAAAGAGAAACUUACUUAGGCACACAAGAACACACACUGGUGAGAAACCUUUUACCUGCUCAGUUUGUGGGCAAACAUUCUCUGAGAAUGAAGGAUUAAAAAUACACACAAGAACACACACUGGUGAGAAACCUUUUGCCUGCUCAUUUUGUGAUCAACGAUUCGCUCAUAGAAGUACUUUGACAGCACACACAAGAACACACACUGGAGAGAAACCUUUUUCCUGCUCCGUUUGUGGUCAAAGAUUCUCUCAGAAGGGAUACUUAAAAAUACACACAAGAACACACACUGGUGUGAAACCUUUUUCCUGCUCGGUUUGUGGUCAAAAAUUUUCUCAGAAGGGAUACUUAAAAAUACACACAAGAACACACACUGGAGAGAAACCUUUUUCCUGCUCAGUUUGUGGUCAAAGAUUUUCACAGAAAGGAACCUUAAAAAGUCACAGAAGAAUUCACACUGGGGAGAAACCUUUUGCCUGUUCAGUUUGUGGCCAAAGAUUCUCUCAGAAGGAUAAGGUUAAGAGACACAAGUGUGCUGGUGAGAAUAGUAGGGACCAAUAAAGGCUUCAUCAAUUCAUUCACUAAGGCGAGAUAUGACAGCUCUAGCCCAAGACUUGUGCGAUGUCUGCUAACACGUGUCUGUUUUGCUGUUCUUUCUGUGUCACUUUCACACGUUCGAAAUAAAGAAUUCAAUCAACGUGGCCACUGAGUAGAAUGUCAUCAGCAGGUUGCAACAGCGAUGCAGAGACAAGAGAGUCACAGAAAGGCAAAGAAGUGGACAUCCUUGGACAUUUUCAUGGAUCAAAGACCUCUCUUGAAUUUUUCCAUUCAGCUCCUUGUUGGAGAACAGCAAAUUGUACAAAACGUAUUGAAACAACGAACAGUUGGGCAUGCUUUCAUACGUUAGCGUCAAAUUGAAAUUCACCUGUUAGUACAUUUUAGGUUCAUCCUGAAAUUUCACCCGAGAGCUCAAAUACCGUAUCUGUAAUCUUGUGUGAUAUGAAUAAAUGUUCACAUUUGUUAUCUUGAAUUAGAGUCUAAGAGAGUAGCUUACUGCAAUUUAAAAUAUCUACUUGUAGGACAUAUUGCUGACAUCAUUUGGGAAACCGGUCUACUUCCUUGUGAUGAGAUCUUUGUUCACGCGUGACAUGCCCACUGACUGAUGAACAAAAGACCGCUUUCAGAAAUCCGACUGAUCGAAGAGCUGCUUCGCUAACAUUUGGCAACAUAAUUUGCACUGACACUGUUCAAUUUUGCGUGCAAUUUUCAUUAUCUCUAAGACUUCAUUUUUUAGUUCUGAUUAAACUGAACUUCAGAACUUUUUACAGGAUUUCAAAAAUCCAUUUUAGUUACAGAAAUUGUUUGAUUAAAGUGAUUGCACAAAAGGUUAUGCAGGCCUGUUUCAUUAGCUUUUUUAAAUGAUUCUUUUGAGGGAAAGAUAACUCAGAUUGCAAUUCAAACACAUACUGUAAUUUCACCCAUCCUUGUUCACUUAAUGCUUUAUUGCUGAUUGCUUUUGGCUGGUGAACUGAAAGUGACCUUUAUAACGGCAUUUCGCAGCCAUCGAGUUGAAUUGGAGCAGCCGAAUAUUUGAAGCAGAAACAAUCUGCAACUGUAUAAAUUGUUGAAAUAUCUGCUGAAGAGAUUGAGUUUUUGAAGAUGAAAAGUGUACAUUGAGUAUUUUGAUGGUAAAAAAAAAAAAAUCACUUAGUAAAAU